GUCUCGCGAGGCUGGGGUGGCGCCGCCAUGGAGCCGCCGCGCGGCAGCCCGGCGGGGCUGUCCGCCAUCCUGGCGAAGACGGACUGGUCGGAGCCGUGGCUGGUGGGCCUGGCUGUUUUCCACGUCUGCUGCUUCCUCCUGGCGUGCGUCUCCUCCCAGCACCCGCGGCUGCAGGCCGGGCACUUCCUGGGCAUGGUGGGCUUAGUGUACUGCGCUGAAUAUAUAAAUGAAUUAGCAGCCAUGAAUUGGAGGCUGUUUUCUAAAUACCAAUACUUUGAUUCAAGAGGGAUGUUUAUUUCACUAGUAUUUUCAGCACCACUGCUUGUGAACACUGUUAUAAUUGUGGUCACCUGGGUUUACAAAACUUUGAAUGUAAUGACUGAACUGAAGACACUACAGCAGAGAAUGAAAGCAAAAAAAGAGAAAAUGAAGUGAAAGCACCUAACACUUAUUUUUUUUAAAUUGUAAUAAUACUUGUCCAGGUAAUCAGUCCUAUCUUUAUGCAGAAACAGCUAUGCUUUUGUUUCUGAUGUCAAGAGGACUUUGCAACCUGUGACCAUGGUCAAUGAGAUACAUUUAAAUUGGCUAUGAAGUUGAGAAGCCCCAUCUUAACAGGUCGUAAGAUAGUUUUCCACCAUUUAGUGGAAAACCACAUAGUUUUACUGCUAGUAUCAGUGAGAAACAAUCUUCCAGUCUGUUUCCAUUUGCCUCUGUAUUUGUUAACCAUGUCUUCAUUAUGUGAUUAUCAAGUAUCCAGUCUUCUGCUGCUUAAGCCAGUUGGAGCAGUGUUGUGAAUUCCAGUAAAUGAGGGAUUGUAUUCAGAGUACCUCAGGAAUCCAUGCUUCUAUGAAGCAUUUAACUUCUUUAUAAAUCAAGUUUCAUAGUUCCUGUGUUUUGUGUGCACCAGUGGCAUUUUAUAAAUAAAAUUACCUCCUGUAUCAUAAA